UCUACAACGGGUCAACUCUACUGUCAAAGGCUCAGGGGAUCCCAGGCAAACUGGACACGAAUCAGAUCCAGCACUUUCCACAACCCUUACGUACUGAGAUAUGACAUCAGGUGCUGCAGACAUGACACCUAAGAAUUGACGGAUCGAAAAGCACGGUCGUUAUUAAAAUUGGCAAUCUCAGUUUGAUGGAUGGAUGGAUGGACGAUUAGGUUAAAGCCGCAUCGUCGCCCUGAGGCAAUUGAACCACUAUCAUUGCGUGUUAAUUACAUUACGGAAAUACCAAGCAGCAUUGAUAAAUGGAUGUCGAAAAAAUUGCGAUGGUUGCGGGCGUAGGGUUUGCCUUAGCUGUUGGGGCUUUUGUAUUGUGGGGACCUUCCCCAAGGCCUAGACGAAAAAGUCAAAUUAUUGGAUUAACAAAUCUCGGUUACACGUGUUUUAUGAAUGCUCUUCUGCAGUCUUUAGCGGCGUGCCCAACCUUCGCUGGGUGGCUUGAGACACGCCGUGGAGAUACUGAAAAAGGAAGCUUUGCUUGCAGUCUUCUGUCAGUUUUAGAUAGAAUCAAUGGAUUCUGUGCUGAAACAAUCUAUGGAGAUGUAACUCCUAUUGAGAUAAUAACGUCUCUCGGGCCUUUGUGGAUCUUUACACCUGGACAUCAAGAUGCUCACGAGUUAUUUCACGUUGUGCUAAGCGCACUUCAAGCCGAAAUGCAACCUGUUAACCGAAAGGGUUGUUUGUCAGACGCAUUACCUGAAGUUAAUCCUGUAAUAUCAGAUAUCAAAGGGUCAGGAGAUACCUUUGGUUUUCGAAGUGUGUCUUGUAGUGACAUAUCAAAAGAAGACCAUGAAUCUGGGAUAUCUGUGAAGUGCAAUCAACAUUUGGCUGACCAAAUGAUAGCAUCGGCCAAGUUAAUUCCAAAAAGUUUUGGUAACGUUCAGGAAGGUCCAAAGCCAGGCAUGAUUCUGGCCCGAUCCUCUGAGGUGAUAUUUAAAUCUGGUUCACAAAAUUUGAUGACGAAGGACUUGACAUCCCGAGCUUGGAACUCGCUAUGUACUAUUCCUUCGCCUAGCCUCCCGGCCUUGUGUAACGCAGCGCAUCCCUUCUCAGGGCUGCUAACUAGUCAGUUGAAAUGCACUAAUUGCAACUGGAAGUCCUCCGUCCACUAUGACAAGUUUGAAAGCGUUUCCUUGCCCUUGCCUCCAGCAAGCAGUUCUCUGACUUGGCGACGACACACGUUAGCAGAGCUAUUGUCGCGUUUUGUAACUAGUGAAGUAAUCCAUGAUGUUCAAUGCGACGGAUGUUCUUCACGGUGUCCAGCCGUCAAGACACUCACGCUUGGAAAACUUCCAAAAUGUCUGUGUAUUCACAUUCCUCGAACAACCUGGGGCCGCUCUGGUACGCCCAUCAAACGAGAUGAUCCCGUAAUAUUUCCAGAAAUAUUACUGCUAGAUCCAUUUACAUUCACAGAAGCAAAGAAAAGAAACUCUCAGGGUACAUCACAUGCCAUGGUUGGACUUUUCGAUCAGAAUUCGGGACAUGGGAAAAACAGAUAUAGACUGAGAUCAGUGGUCGAGCAUCGUGGUCUCGUGGACGCUGGUCAUUUUGUGUCGUAUAGAAGAGGGAACAGACCUGGUCAGUGGAUUUACACUUCAGACACAACUGUGGAACGUACGACAUUGACCGAUGUGCUGUGUGCUAGUCCGUAUUUGCUAUUUUAUGAACGAAUUACCACAUCCUAAUGCCAUAGUUUAGAGCCGUAUUUCAAUCACAGGACCGUAAUCUUUUAUCAAAUACAGUAGGAGAGUGUCAAAUAUUCAUACCCAUGAUAAUAAUUUUAAUAUCGCCAAAGAAGCCAAAAGUAGUAAAAACGUUAAUAGGUAAUUGAAACCUGCAGCCAAGGUAAUCGACUCCGAGCAUGUUGUUCGUAAUCUAAUGAAGAACUUCUCCGUCUUAGAUAUUCCAUUAAUGACGUAAUGCGCAUACUGUUUUAGUCGAACGGAAUGCGACUUAUUAUUAGAAACUCAAGCUCCCCAAUUCGGAUUUUAGCUUGUAGAAGAUUUACAGCAAAAAUGAAGAAAUCCUCGACGGACGACUUUACCACUGCUUUAGCCUAGUGCGAAAAUAUAUGUAAUUACAUAAGACUCAAACGUUGUGAUAGCAGAUAGAAGUUGAAUAUUGUGGAGUAAGACUGUACCCGUAAAGUUUAUAUGAGGAGAGAGCGUAACCUUUUUUAUUAUUGACUCCAGGAGAGUUUUUAUCCCAAUUUACUUACCGAUACAGGUGCGUGGGUAUAAGAAUAUUAAAGUUUGCCCACAUUGAAUCGGCGUGCGUAGUUGUUCUUGAGCGAACUAAAAAUAUAAUAGUAUCUGGUUGACUAACUUUAAUAAUUCAUUAGUUCCAAGGUAAGGAUUCGAUGUAUUCACAUUCUUACAAGAUAUAAUGAAAAUUUUUCACAAAA